GCAGAGCAGAGCCUUUGUUUUGAUUGAGUGCUGUCAGUCUAACGUGUCUUUCUUUCUUUCUUUUUCUUUCGCAGACUGCCUGCUAGGUUGAGGAGAUUCGGGGUGUCCCAUAGACCCCUAGGUUCCUCCGAUGAACCCCAUCAACUCCAUGAAACCUGCCCUGCCUCCAACGCCACACAGUGACGCCUCUUACCCAUAUGAUCCUGUCCCCUGGCAACAAGGCCCCAAUCAGCCUGCCGGCUCCCUCUCUGUGGUGACCACAGUGUGGGGGGUAACCAAUCCUUCACCCAGCCAGGUUUUUGGCGCUCCCAUGGGUCCAGGCGGAAACUCAGCCGGUGGUCACAUGAUGCCUGGCAACAGCCCGGGCAUGAACUCCCCUCAGUUUAUGAGCCAGCAGGGCUACCCCGAGCCCAACAAGGGCUUCAUGCAGCAGGGCAUGUACGGGCGGCCCAGCGGGGGAUACCCGGCCGGGCCUGGAUAUGGGGGCAGUUACCCAAAUAACGGAGGGGGUUCCCUCGGGAUGCCGCCCCAUGGAGUCCGCCCGCCCACUGACUUCACCCAAGCGGCUGCCGCAGCUGCUGUGGCCGCUGCCGCAGCCACAGCGACGGCCACCGCCACAGCAACUGUCGCCGCGAUACAGGAGAAGCAAAACCAGGAGCUGAACUACGGGCCUAUGGGUGGUGCUUCCUCUUACAACACCCAGUUCCUGUCGCACUCUGGACCCCGUGGCCCACCCGGCAUGGCCCCCUCCGGAAUGGUCGGCUCCAGACCUCCUUCCAUGGGACCCAUGUACCCACAGCAGGGCCAGAGGUUGCCCCAGCAUCCCGUCUAUCCGGGAGGCCAGCAGGGUCCUCCGCGCCACCAGCAGGGCCUGAAACGCCCCUAUAACUCUGACGGAUUUCCGGGUCAGCAGUACGGUCCCGGGAUGGGAGGCGGGGGCCCGUACCCAGGACAGCCCAUGCAGUACCACGGCCCAGGGCCACAGCGGUCCGCUCCUUCCCCGUCUUACCCAACCCACCGAAUGCCCCUCCAGCAACCCAAUAUGGGCCAGUAUCCUGCAGGACCAGGAAACCCCAACCAGUACUACAAGCAAGCGGACCAGUUUAACGGACAGGGCAACAGCCACAACAGUCUGUCCUCAGGAGUGACGGGAGCCGGGUACAACACCUUCAACCAGGCUGCCGUCAAUGGGCCCGGACGUGCGAUGCCAGGAUACCCCAGCUCUCCUCUCCCAGGAAACCCCACUCCUCCCAUGACCCCUGGCAGUUCGAUGCCCCCAUAUAUGUCCCCCGGCCAAGAUGUCAAGUCGCCCUUCCUCCAUGACGUCAAGCCCAACAUUAACUCUCUGCAACUCCCUACAGGAAACCCCAGUGAUGACCUGCGUCUGACCUUCCCUGUACGGGACGGGGUGGUGUUGGAGCCUUUUAGAUUGGAGCACAACCUGGCUGUCAGCAACCACGUCUUCCAGCUGCGAGACUCCGUGUAUAAGACCCUUAUGAUUAGGCCUGACCUGGAGCUGCAGUUUAAGUGCUAUCACCACGAAGACCGGCAGAUGAACACCAACUGGCCGGCGUCGGUACAGGUGAGCGUCAACGCCACGCCUCUCACCAUCGAGCGUGGGGACAACAAGACUUCCCACAAACCCCUUUACCUGAAGCAAGUGUGCCAGCCGGGACGCAACACCAUCCAAAUAACGGUCACGGCCUGCUGCUGUUCUCAUCUUUUCGUGCUGCAGCUGGUUCACAGGCCGUCUGUGCGCUCCGUGCUUCAGGGUCUGAUGAAGAAGAGGCUCCUGCCAGCGGAGCACUGUGUCACUAAGAUUAAGAGGAACUUCAGUAGCGGUACCAUCCCAGGAACUCCCGGCCUUAACGGCGAGGAUGGUGUGGAACAGACGGCCAUCAAGGUGUCGCUCAAGUGUCCGAUCACCUUCCGACGCAUCCAGCUUCCUGCCAGGGGCCACGACUGCAGACAUAUACAGUGCUUUGACCUGGAAUCAUACCUGCAGCUCAACUGUGAGAGAGGAACUUGGCGUUGUCCUGUGUGCAAUAAAACAGCCCUUCUGGAGGGGCUAGAAGUGGACCAGUACAUGUUGGGCAUUCUGAUCUACAUCCAGAAUUCUGACUAUGAGGAGAUCACCAUUGAUCCGGUGUGCAGCUGGAAGCCAGUCCCGGUGAAACCAGACCUACAUAUUAAAGAGGACCCAGACGGCCCUGCCCUGAAACGCUGUCGCACCUUGAGCCCUAGUCAUAUGAUCUUACCCAACGUCAUGGAGAUGAUUGCAGCUUUAGGGCCGGCCUCCUCACCCUACCAGUCUAUGCCACAAGGUGGCAGCAGCAGCACGCCUGAUUAUCCCAGCCAAGGUGGCUCAGGAUACUCUAACCAACCAGGCUUCUCAGAUUUCCCCAAUGCCCCUGGCACACCGACCCUGGGGGAGUUUUCUUCCGGGCCGCCCCCUCUCUCCUACCAGUCUGACCUGCCGAGUGGCCUCCUUACCCCUGAAAAACCUGUGGGACACCCGAUGUCAGGACAGAUGCCUCACUCUAGUCGCAUGGAGCCUUCCCACAAUCCCCUUCAGCAACAGCAGCAUCAAUCUCUCCAUGGUAACUCCAACAUGGGUGCCCCCGGUGGACCCAUGCACUCCCGCAACUCCUCCCAGAAUCCCCGGAUGCACACAGACAGCUUUGGGCUGGGGGGCCCCGGGGGACCCGGUGACGUUUCAGAGCCGGCCCUUGAUCUUCUCCCAGAGCUGACAAACCCAGAUGAGUUGCUGUCCUACUUGGGUCCUCCUGACCUUCCCAACAACAGUAACGAUGACCUGCUCGCUCUGUUUGAGAGCAACUGAGCCCCCCGUCCCGCUCAUUCAUCAGUCACACAUCGCCGUCCAACACACAGCCUCCCUAUACCCUCACACUCCCGACUCAUCGAGGGGAGCUUUGGGAAGCCUAACAGAUAUCCGAUUACGUCUUUGCACUGUUUCCUCCUGAGACUGGAAUGCAGUGACUCAUGGGAAGGUGCAACGAAGAUCUUUCUUUUUUUUUUUUCUUCCUUCUGUGACAAUGUUACUGUUCGUCUGCUUCUCUGAACUCUGUCGAGAUUUUAUUGUGAAUUUCAGUUUGAAAGAGUUCCCGCUCUUCUCUCGAAUCAUUUGUAGAAAGAUGCCUCAUCUCACAUCAGACUCGUGUGGUGUAAAUGACAUUGUGUGGGGUGGGUCAUUGUUCGUUUUUUCAUUGCAGCUCCUGUUUUAAAUCUAAAUUAGAUGAGGAAUUCACUUCAGUGCUGAUCUAAAGUACUACACUUCAGAAAUCACACAGGGAAAGCCAAAGUGUCUCUGUUGUAACUUGAGAAAAACAAACGGAUGAACGUAAUUCUCUUAAUAAACAGGCAGACUUGUUUUAUUUCUUCCUUUUUUUUGCCCAAAGAUGACCACAAACUAGCUCCAUGUGACGUAUCAUGGUUUUAAACCACAAAUGACUUGAUCUUAAGUGAACUUUACUUGAAGAAGACCUCAAGUGUAGCCUUUUUCCUUUUAAACGUGCUAAUAGAGGCAAUCACAAUGUGUCAGACCUUAAACAGUAGCAUUAAAGAAGUGCAUUAUUACAUUUUGCACACACACCGAGCCCUUCAAGAGUUACUGUAUUUGCCUUCACACGAAGGAAAUUGAAGGCAAAGAGUCAUCUUUUGUGCCACCCACACAAAUACACACACGCACACCUCAAGCCCCACUUGGUGUGUGUUUUGGCACAAACUCAGACUAAUUUUAUGCCACACCGUUCUCUGUUUUCGUCUCUCUUCUUGUUAGUUUCUUUCCCCCUCAAUGUUCUUUUUAACAACGGUCUUCCUCUCCUGUGGGUUUAAGGCCACGAGGUCUGGAGUUCUAGCAUUACGGAAAAAGGACUAGAAUCUGUGAUUGUCAUCGGCUCAAAUCACACCCUCACUUGCGGACACAUUUCACUUGCCCUUAAAUAUGCAAGUUUGGGCUGUUAUUUGGUAGAAAUUCAGUUUUCUUCGUCAACAAAAUGUGUGAAGCUUUGAAACCAGACAGAGCACAAGCAGCCCUGUAGCACCUUGUGGACAAGUUGUAAGACAACACAAAUGCACACAAGGACAUUUUUUUGGACAAACACCUUCCCGUAGUGAGAUUUUGCUCUGACAAAUCUGGGUGGGUGGGAGCGUCACAACAGGAAAUGGACUAAUGUUUAUAGCCACACUCGUAAUUGAGGAGGAAAACAUUGGGAUUCAUGUGAAAUAUGUACAGAUAUAGUAUUAUUAUUGUCGCAGAUGUGAACUUUCUCUCAACCCCAUGAUAUGGAGAAAAAAAAAGGACAUUUUAAACACUAUGACAAGAGCUCAUGUCAGGCAUUCUCCCCCGUUUUCCAUUCAGCGCUCGCUUUCUCGGCGUGGAGGGGAGAUGAGUCUUU